UCAAUUUGUACUUUGCUGCAAGAGCUUCUAAGCUUCUACAAGUUCCCUGGGGAUGAAAUCCCAAUCAUUCGUGGUUCAGCUUUGUCUGCUUUGCAAGGGACUAAUGAAGAAAUAGGGAAGAAGGGAAUUCUGAAAUUAAUGAUUGCCGUUGAUGAGUACAUACCAAAUCCCAUACGCCAGCUUGACAAACCCUUCCUCAUGCCAAUCGAGGAUGCUGGUGACAAUGUAGGCCUUCUUUUGCGUGGUUUAAAACGUGGAGAUAUGCAACGAGGGCAAGUAGUCUGCAAAGAUGGUUCUCUGAAAACAUAUAAGAAAUUUGAGGCAGAGAUAUAUGUGCUCACAAAGGAUGAAGGUUGUCGUCACACUGCUUUCUUCUCCAAUUACCAGCCCCAAUUCUACAUGCAGACUGCAGAUAUUACUGGCAAGGUGGAAUUGCCUGAAAACAUGAAGAUGGUGAUAGCAGGUGAUAAUGUCACUGCAAUGUUUGAACUGAUAUCUGCAGUCCCACUUGAAGCAGAUGAUUACUUCUUCACUCGCAUGCCUCACGUACGGAAAAGGCUGACCCAAGGUGGUGUUCGUCUUGGCGCCACCCUAAAUUGCAUCUUCCUCAAUGGGUACUCUCUCCUCUACCACCUACUUGGUGACAUAUUGUAGAUAUAAAAAGGUUUGUUUGAGAGAUGUUUAGAGAUGAACAAGUGAUGCCAAGCCAUGAACAGGGAGUGGUUGCUGGAGACCAUGAGCUCAAGACUAAAUCUUUGUUCUUGAGUUUUGGCCUUCCAUUAGAGAAGAGCUUUAGCUUGAAACUCUAAUGGUGUUCUUGUUGUUGUUGAAAAUGGUGUUGCUGUUAUAGUGAAGAUUAAAAGCAAAGAGAGAGAGAGAGAGAGUUUUGAGAACAUCUUGAGGACUUGUGUGGAUGUGUGGCAUUAUGGUUUGUUUUCAAGUUAUAAUUAUAUUGAUGCUUUG